AUGCUGCCCGUGAGCUACCGUCUGUCCAAUACCCGCUUGGCUUUCUUUCUCAAGGAGGUGGGAGCCGGCCCGGUGGGCAAUGGCAGUGCCCCACUGCAGCGCGCCGAGCCCUUCGUUGUCUUCCAGACCAAGGAGCUGCCUGUCCUCAACGUCACCCUGGGGCCCUUCAGCACAGGGCUGGUGCUGCCCAAAGAGCAGCUGCAGCCCUCCAGCACCCUGGAGGUCCCUGACCGCCUCACCGUCAACUGGAAGGUGCGCGCCUUCAUCAUCCAGCCCCGGCUGGUGGCCAACCAGCCCGUGGUCCAAGUGCUCUUCUAUGUAGCCGGCCGGGAUUGGGAUGACUUUGACGUCACCGACCGGCUGCCCUGCGUGCGGCUCCACGCUUUCCGCGACGCCCGUGAGAUCAAGAGCUCGUGUCGCCUGCGGGGCAGCCUGGCCACGUGCCUGGUGCAGGCAGAGCUGCCCCACGCCUGGUUCGGCCCCCCAGCCGUGCCACUGGGCAGGCGAAAGAGCCCUGAGAGCCUGGAGGUGCCAGGUGAGAGCCAACAAGCCGAGCUGUACUACACCCUGCAUGCCCCCGAUGGGGCCGGCCAGGGCCUUGCGCAUCGGCGGGAUGCCAACGUCUUCAUACGCCGGCCCGACAAGCCCCUCAAGCCGGGCGAGGUGCUAAGCAUCCUCCUCUACCUGAUGUCCAACUCCACGGUGGAGCACUUCACACUCAGGGUGAAGGCCAAGAAAGGCGUCAACCUGCUCAGCACCAAGUCGAGGAGUGGGCAGUGGCUGGUUAACGCAGUGCUGCCGCCGGGUGGCAAACCCUCCACCGCUACCGUCGACGUGGCCAGGGCGGAUGGUGCCAGGCCCAGGGACGGGGAUUCCUCCUCUGAGAUCAUGCAGCUGGAUUUCGAGAUGGAGAACUUCACCAGCCAGUCGGUGACACGCCGCAUCAUGUGGCACAUCAACUACCGGGGCCGCAAUCCCCCGCCUGACCUGGAGAAGGUGGUGACGGAGCUGACAGUCAUCCAGAGGGACAUCCGGGCCAUCGUGCCCCUGGCCAUGGACACAGAAAUCAUCAACACGGCCAUCCUGACGGGGCGGACGGUGGCCAUUCCUGUGAAGGUCAUCGCCAUUGAGCUGAGUGGUGUCAUCGUGGAUGUCUCGGCUAUGGUUGAGUGCAAGUCCAACAAUGAAGACAUCAUCAAGGUCUCCAGCAGCUGCGACUACGUCUUUGUCAGCGGGAAGGAGUCGCGGGGCUCCAUGAGCGCCCGGGUCACCUUCACCUACGAGCACCUCUCUGCCCCGCUGGAGAUGACGGUGUGGGUGCCAAAACUGCCACUGCACAUCGAGCUCUCGGACGCCCGGCUGAGCCAAGUGAAGGGCUGGAGGGUGCCCAUCCUGCCGGACAGGAGGUCGGUGCGGGACAGCGAGCACGAGGAGGAUGAAGAGGAGCGGAAGCAGAGCCGGGGCUGUGCCCUGCAGUACCAGCACACCACGCUGCAGGUCUUCACCCAGUUCCACACCACAGCAGCGGAGGGCACGGGGCAGGUGGUCACCAUGCUGGGGCCCGACUGGCUGGUGGAGGUCACCGACCUGGUCAGCGACUUCAUGCGUGUGGAUGACCCGCGGGUGGCCCACAUGGUGGACAGCUUCACGCUGGCCGGGAGGGAGCCGGGCACCACACUCUUCAAGGUUGUGUCCCCUCUCAUGGAGGCAGUGCUGGGCGAGACACUGGUGACAGUGGCGGAGGAGAAGGCCAGCAUCACGGACCUGAAGGCCCAGGUGGUCUCCAGCCUCUCGCUGUCCCUCCACCCCAGCCCCGGCAACUGGCAUCGUGCUGGGCAACCGGUGCCUGUGUUGGUCCCGCAGGAAGCGCUCCUGAGCCUGUGGAUUUCCUACAGCGAUGGCACCACAGCCCCCCUCUCCCUCUAUGACCCCAAGGACUACAACCUGGUGGUGAGCAGCCUGGAUGAGAAGGUGGUCUCGGUGACCCAGGACCGGGCAUUCCCCUUGGUGGUGGCAGAGAGUGAGGGUGCAGGGGAGCUGCUGCGGGCCGAGCUGGUCAUCUGCGAGAGCUGCCAGAAGACCAAGCGCAAGAGUGUGCUCUUCACAGCCUUGGCCAGCGUGCGGGUCCACUUUGGGUCUGAGGAGGACCCGACCUACGACUACGACCACGUGUCCAGCAAGCCAGGGCUGGCAGAGACGGGGGCGAGCACCACCCUGCGGGCAGAGGUGGAGAGAAAAGCAGAGCCGAGUGAGGACAGUAGGAUGUCCAGUGCGUCUCACCCCACCGAGGACUUCCCCACCAUCCCCACCGGCUUUGUCCAAGUGACCAGGGGCCUGACGGACCUGGAGAUAGGCAUGUAUGCUCUCCUGGGCGUCUUCUGUCUGGCCAUCUUGGUCUUCCUCAUCAACUGCAUUGUCUUUGUGCUGAAAUACCGGCACAAACGCAUCCCACCUGAAGGCCAGACCAACAUGGACCAUUCCCACCACUGGGUCUUCUUGGGCAAUGGGCAGCCCUUGCGGGCUCACAAUGACCUCUCCCCCCAGCCCGAGAGCCCUGGGAACCCCCUGGAAAAUGUCCAGACCUGCUGCCAUGGGGACCACCACAGCAGUGGGAGCUCGCAGACCAGCGUGCAGAGCCAGGUCCAUGGUCGCGGGGAUGGUUCCUCGGGGGGCUCCACGCGGGACCAGAGCGAGGACCCACUCAACUCUCCCACCUCCAAACGGAAGCGGGUGAAGUUCACCACCUUUGCCACGCUGCCCUCUGAUGAGCUGGCCUACAACUCCAUCCCCAUCGCUGAUGAGGAGGACUUGGAGUGGGUCUGCCAGGACAUGGGGCUGCAAGACCCCGAAGAGCUUCACAACUACAUCCGCAGAAUCAAAGAGAUCGCUUAA